AUGUUCCAAGAUAUAACGACCCUGUUGCUGGAUCACACGACAUUCCAGGAUACGGUUGAUAUCUUUGUUGAUCGUUACAGGAACAUGGACGCUGGUAUAGCUAUUGAGAUUGAAGCUAGGGGUUUCAUGUUUGGUCCCUCGAUUGCUUUAGCCAUCGGAGCAAAAUUUGUCCCUUUUCGGAAGCCCAGAAAGCUGCCCGGAAUCCGGACUGAAUGCCAUACAGGUAAAGUGAUAUGCGAAGAAUACGAGCUGGAGUAUGGAACAGACUGCCUGGAGAUGCAGGUAGAUGCUGUGCAGCAAGGGGAUCGUGCAUUGAUAGUCGAUGAUCUGGUCGCUACAGGUGGAACACUAUCAGCAGCGAUACGACUCUUGGAAUGUAUGGGGGCUCAAGUUGUAGAAUGUGGAUGUGUGGUUGGGUUGCCUGAAGUCAAGGGGCAGUGUAGGCUGAACGGAAAACCAGUUUACAUCCUGGUGGAGCCUCGAGAAAUAGACAAUUGUCACCGAGCAGAUAUCUCCUCUGGGAUUUUGAAUGUGCCAUGCUCUGGCUGGCUUGCAGAACGAGGAAAGCAGCAACAUGAGAUGAAAGCUUGAGCAACUGUGAAUGUUCAUCUGUGCUGUUUUCUCCACUCUCACACCUAUGCGUUUCCCUGUUAAAAUUCAGGGCUUGCCGUAUGUAUGUUCAAUGGUAGCUUUGUGUAGUAGUGAUCUUUCCUCUCUGUUCUUGUGGGGGGUUUCUUCUUGGUGUAUUGCUGGUUGUCUUUAGGCCCUGUGUUGUAACUCAAGAGAAUGAACAGUUUAGGAAAGAAGAUGCUUGGCAUAGAUGAAAGACAGGAGAGCUGUACUUAGCCAGCUAGCUAGCUUGCUGUUGGUUACUCGGUGAUGUACCAUUCAUUCAUUUGUGUUGUAGCCUGAAUCUCAACCCUUUCCCCAAACCAAAGGGUUUGUAUACGAAUUAGGCUACGGUGUUGAUG